UCGCGCGCAUGCGCAGUGGGACUUCUCGCUCCCGUUAUAGCGAGUGCUGUGGCAGGUUUUCGCAGUGGUCGUGAAAGAUGGCGCUGAAGGCGAUCAGAGGGAUGGUGAACGGGGCCAUGAACGAGCUGUCCUCCACCGUGAGCGGGACCAAAGCUGCCGGGGCCCGCGAACACGUACAGGCUGUGACCCGGGACUACAUCUCCCAGCCGCGGCUCACUUAUAAAACUGUGUCUGGAGUCAAUGGACCUCUGGUCAUUUUGGAUCAGGUGAAGUUUCCACGGUAUGCAGAGAUUGUGCAUCUGACUCUUCCUGAUGGCACCAGAAGAAGUGGACAAGUGCUGGAAGUCAGUGGAUCUAAAGCAGUCGUGCAGGUGUUUGAAGGGACGUCUGGGAUUGAUGCCAAAAAGACGAGCUGUGAAUUUACAGGAGAUAUUCUGCGCACACCUGUGUCAGAAGACAUGUUGGGGCGUGUUUUCAACGGAUCAGGAAAACCAAUUGACAGAGGCCCCACCGUAAUGGCAGAAGACUAUCUGGACAUUAUGGGUAUGUCUGAUGUGAUGGAUUACAGUGAAGAAAACUUUGCCAUUGUUUUUGCGGCCAUGGGUGUGAAUAUGGAAACCGCAAGGUUCUUCAAAUCGGACUUUGAAGAGAAUGGCUCUAUGGACAACGUGUGUCUCUUCCUGAACUUGGCUAAUGAUCCCACAAUUGAGCGCAUCAUCACUCCACGGUUGGCUCUGACCACAGCCGAAUUCCUGGCCUACCAAUGUGAGAAACACGUGCUGGUCAUCCUGACGGACAUGAGCUCCUACGCUGAAGCUCUGAGAGAGGUGUCUGCGGCCAGAGAGGAGGUGCCUGGCCGGCGAGGUUUCCCUGGAUACAUGUACACAGACUUGGCCACCAUUUAUGAGAGAGCUGGCCGAGUGGAAGGCAGGAAUGGGUCCAUCACGCAGAUCCCCAUUCUCACCAUGCCCAAUGACGAUAUUACUCAUCCUAUCCCUGACUUGACUGGCUACAUCACAGAGGGUCAGAUCUAUGUAGACAGACAACUGCAUAAUAGGCAGAUCUACCCCCCGAUCAACGUACUGCCCUCCCUGUCCCGACUGAUGAAAUCCGCCAUCGGAGAGGGAAUGACUCGGAAGGACCACGCGGAUGUGUCCAAUCAGCUGUAUGCUUGCUACGCCAUAGGCAAAGAUGUCCAGGCUAUGAGGGCGGUAGUGGGUGAGGAGGCUCUGACCGCAGAUGACUUGCUGUAUCUGGAGUUCCUGCAGAAGUUUGAAAAGAACUUUAUUUCUCAGGGUGCCUAUGAGAACCGCAGUGUUUAUGAAACCCUGGACAUUGGCUGGCAGCUGAUGCGAAUCUUCCCCAAGGAGAUGCUGAAGAGAAUCCCGCAGAGCACUCUGGCCGAGUUCUACCCCAGAGACUCCAAACACUAGCUCCGUUCGACUUCCCCUCGCAGAUCAAUCUCCUGCCGUGUCCUCCCCUCUUUCUGUUUGUGCUGUUGUCUGUUGCUCGUUAUUUAAGCCAGAUGAACAUAUUGUGGAAGCUUCAGUGUUGCUGUAUAAUUACACCUUACAGAAUUUAAAAUAUCUACAACCCUUUUGGAAGUCGGGGCUUGUGAGUUAAAUGAUUGGGAAGUAUAGCCAUUUCCUGUAGAAUAAAAUAAUUAGGUACUGGCGCAACAAAGGCAAAUGACUUCAUCAUACUGCUAUUGGACACCUUUCUGUAUCCAUGAUUGCAGUGCCACUACAAUGACCGGUCUUUCACUUUAUCUGGUACAAAGAGAUUUGGUACAAUAUGGACAUACAGUAAUGGAAUUGGAAAAUCUUCUAGGGAUAUCAACAAAGCCACGUAUAGUGCCAAACAAUGAUAUUAAAGUAAGCCAUCACAUAUCUUGUUUAGGUAAUGUGCAUCUUAGUCAUUUAAAAAUGCCAAAAAAAAAAGUUAGACAUGCUAGUGCUAAAUUCUCUCUAAAAUUACAAAUCUGAGUGGAUGUUAUUGGGAGCACUCAAAGGGUAGUGCCAUUUGUAGUUUUCCACUUUGCUUUACAGCUCAAUUAGUUAUUUUUCAGGUGGAGCUUGUCUGCGUUUUUUGGUUAUCUUUUGUGUCUUUCUGGGAAAAGAUCCAAUUAUUUUGUGUCCAAUACACUACAGUCUGAAUUGCUACUGUACCAUUCCGCACAGUCAAUUUCUGGAUAUGUUUUUGUGGUUUCAGCUGAGGAGGUGUUUCUGAAUGGACAAUCAGAACUUUCUGAAUGCAGUGCACUGUGGGACAUUUAUGAAAGCCUUAGAUAUUUCAGAAUCCUUUUCAGUAA